GGAGGAAGAAAGAGGAAUCUAAGAAGGCUGAAUCUAGCUUAUACCAAUGCUAUUUGCUCUACCUUUCCAUUCUUUUCUGUCCUUACAAAUCAUCCUUGCUUCCAAGAUAGCCAUCCACCACCUCAUCCAUUGCCUUUUGUUCUUUAAACUUUUCAUCUUUCUGAGAACCUUAUCAGCUCCAUCCAUCUGUGGCUUUCUUGGUCUUCCCCUUCCUCUUGACCCAUUUACUCUUCUUUCAUAGAUUGAUUUUGUAAUUGGAUCCCCAUGUAUUCUCUAUAUGGCCAUGCCACUUUCUCCAAUUGUUUCUGCUUGUCCCAUUAGAACUUGCAAGUUGGGCAUGCUCCAGGUCCCAACUAUUAAACAGUGCCACCUGGUGGGACCCAAGAAGCAUGCCUCUUUUGCAGGUCCUGCCCUUUGGAACAUCAUACCCCCUGAUAUUUGCUUGGCCCCGCUGACCCCGCUGGCAUUUCAUAAACCCUUGAAGAACUGGUUGUUCCUUCAAGUGUGGGGUCUAGAGCUUGGGUUGCACCUUCUCCAAAGGCAACCUGAAUGGAGAGUCAUCAGCCAUGGCUCAUCAGUUAGAACUGGGUGCUUCCUUCUUCAGAACUGUUUCUGUACCUAUGGCGACAAGGAGAACAAUAACGUUUGUCUGCUGACUGGACCUUCCAGUUCCACACUGAGAAUGUAUCGCCAGGAGGACACUAAUGUUUAGCAAACACUGGUGGGAUUAGAACUGGAUGUUGUUGAUUUGAAACCUUCUUACCAAGUAUUUUCCAUGGAUCAAGACACUGGCAUUGAGGCCCUGCUGGACCUCAGCUUCCUGACCGAGGAGGAGCAGAAUGCAAUUGUGGAAGUUUUGCAGAGAGACUUGCAGCUCCGGAUGUCCGAGGAGGGACGGAUCAACAAACUGCGCAAGUCUGUCUCUGACCCAAACUGGCUGAAGAUCUUGUCCGGCGAAUGGUUUCAUGAUGCCUGUUCCAAACGGCACCAGGGCAAUCGCUUUGGGGCAGACAUUGUCCGAGCUUCAAUCCGCCGGAGGAAGAAGCCCAAAGGUGAAGAGGAACUCAAGCAACAAAGCAGCCUGGGGAAUAUAGACGUGAUCAGGGAGCCUGUGCCACAGGAUGAGAAGAGAAUGGAGGCUAUGGAUGUGCCAGAGGAUGAGAAGAUGUUGGAGACUAUGGAUGUGCCAGAGGAUGGGAAGACGAUGGAGGCUAUGGAUGUGCCAGAGGAUGGGAAGACGAUGGAGGCUAUGGAUGUGCUGCUCCCUGAGACCCCCGUGCCUCAGUCAUCCCAGCUGACAGAAACCCUGGAGGCCAGUUUGACAUCUGAGGAUGCAGUCUGCUCCCCAAAGUUGACAGUUGAAAAUGCUCUAGAGAGAAGCGACUCAUUUAGCAGCCUGAGUUCCGAGACAGGGGAAGCAGAACAAGAACAGCAGCCUGGACCAGUCCCAGCCCUCAAGGACACGGUACAGAUUAACAAGGGCUUGGAAAAUGGACAAGGGUCAGCUUUGGCUUCAUCACCUUCAAAGGAGAAUCUAGUGCGCCCCCAGAAUAAAGGGCUGAAUACAAGCUCCUCCACCUCCAGUCUGGGUUCAUCGAUGAUGAGUGGCAGCAUUAUGAGCAUGUUCAGUGACAAUGACGUUGGGAGCAUAGAUGUCCGUGGCUGCAUCCAGUUCUCCUUGCGCUAUGACUCCUUGAAGAAGGAACUGCAUGUCCAGAUCAUUCAGUGCCGAGACCUUGCUGAAGCUAAAAAAGAGCGGUCCGAUCCGUAUGUCAAAGCCUACCUACUUCCUGACAGAUCCAGUCACAGCAAAAGAAAAACUGUUGUCAAGAAGAGAAGUCUAGAUCCUGUCUUCAAUGAGACCCUUAAGUAUAAGAUUGAGAAGGCUGAACUCCCAGGCCGGAUCCUGAACCUGUCUGUUUGGCAUCAUGACACCUUGGGCCGAAAUCUUUUCAUGGGAGAAGUGGAGAUUGCCUUGAAUACCUGGGACUGGAACAACUCAGGUCCAAAGUGGUUCAACCUGCAGCCCAAGACCCCUGCUACACCAGAUACUGUCCCCAACCGUGGCAAACUCAACCUGGCACUGAAAUUCAUUCCAGCUGGAUCAGAAGAGCCUGGACUCCCUCCCACUGGAGAGCUCCAUAUGUGGGUCAAGAAUGCAGAGAACCUUGUGCCUCGGUGGGGGAACACAGUAGAUGCCUUUGUUCAAUGCUACAUCCUCCCGGAUGACACCAAGUUGAGCCGCCAGAAGACCCGAAUUGUGAAAAAGAGCCUCAACCCCACUUUCAAUCACACUAUGGUCUAUGAUGGCUUUGAGGCCAAGGACUUAGCAGAGGCAUGUGCUGAAUUCACUGUCUGGCACCAUGAGACCUUCUCGAAGCAGCGCCUUGGAGGCAUCCGGUUGAGUCUUGGCACAGGGAACAGCUAUGGUCUACCAGUCCCAUGGAUGGAUUCAACAGAGGAAGAGCGCCAUACUUGGGAGAUGGUAUUCAAGCACCCUGGUCAGUGGGUGGAAGCUACUCUUCCCGUGAGGACCAAUUUGAACCCAAGGACUUCAUCCUAGUCUUCGGUUCAACAACAGUAGGAUGCCUCUGCUAUGAGGAAGAAUUAGUCCAGUGGCAACGUGAUGGCGGUAUAUCAUGGAGGCCCUCAUUACAACCCCCUUGGUUUUGGGAGGUCAGCCUACCUAAGAACAACUCCUGGUGAUGGAAGGAGCCAUGGCCCCUGGGACAGAGACAGAAUAACUGUACCGAUACGUGAAAUCUGCCUCCUUUUACUGACUUAAGGAGAACAUAGUGUGGCUUCUAGAGAGACCUCUUGUGAAAACCUCUGCACUGGGAUGACUAGAUCACCCACUUUAUUUUAAGGAAAUAAAUUGCCUUGUGGUUACCUUUGCCCA